AUGUUUUCUACUGACUCGUCUGAGAAUUCAAAAGUUGUUCCUUUUCGCGCUACUAAUUGCGUGGAAAACACUAAAAACACUAAUGGUCCCCUUUCUUGUCACCAUAACAUACCCCCUCCACAAUUAUACUCUUCAAAUACGACUAUGCUAUCAUUCAAUAAUGUUGAACAAUCGUAUUCAAGAGUAGUUGGUCAAGUCUAUUCUAGAGAAACCGUUACGACAAUUUAUGGUGAUCCGACUUCAUCAAAUUGUUGGAAUCAACGUCAAGUCGGUUUCUAUUGUUAUGUGUGUCAUUCCAUUAUAAAUCCUCAAGAUUUUCAUUCUUGGGUUUCUUGCGCUUCAACGAAUUGUGACGUUUACGCUCAUGGUGGAUGUUUAAUGAAAAAUGGGUUUCAUGAUAGGAAUGGCUCUUGGUAUUGUCCAAGAUGUAUUUCUGCUACUCAUCAAUCAUUUUCGGCCCCUGUUCGUUCAAUGGAACAAAUUACCUCAAACUCUGUUGAAAAUAAUCCUUCUCCACCAAUAAAUCCAUUACAUUUAUUGUUGGAAGCUUCUGAUCAAAUACAAUCAAAUUCGGGUCCUGAUAAUAAUAUCUCGGUCAACACUCCCGUAAUUCAUCGAGAAACUACAUCAUCUCAAUAUCCUGAUGUUAAUAACAACUCUUCUCAUACCGACUUUAUGUCCUGCGAUCCCGUUCCUGAUCAACGUCUUUUGAAUUAUAACACGAAUAUUGAUUUAAUGUGUGCUAACGAUAAAGUCUCUGAUGCUCUUAAUGAUUCUUUAAAUCGUCUUACUGAUGAAUUCAACAAGCAUCUUAAAAAUAAUCAUAAUUUACGUGAAGAUAAUAAUAAACUUAACAAUGCUUUGCAAAAACUUAAACUCGCUUUGAUUCCUUUAGCUCAAGAAAGGCCUGUUUUGCAAGUAUUACGUAAGAUAACUCAGAACGAUAAUUUACAAAGUCAAGAUAUAACCACCGACAACGUUUUAAAUUUGUUUAUGGGUCUUUUACCUCAAUCUACUAUCUCAAAUUUAUUCGGUACCUCUUUAUCAAAUCAUAUGGGUACUUCAAGUUCUUCUUCCACUAUUCAAUCUUAUUCCUCCCCUUCAUUGGAUUCUUGUCAAAAGUGUUCAAAAUUUGGUGAAAAUUUGAUCCGUUGUUAUUUUUGUCAAAAAGUUCAACAUGUAGAAUGUUGUAGUAAAGAUGAAAAAUCUUCGAUUGAUACCAUGAAUGAACGUUGGACUUGCGUAGAUUGUAAAGAUUCUUCUAUGGCUAAAAGAAAGCAUUACAGUGAUAAAAAAUCCAAUUCCAACGGUCCAUCAUUAACUUUAAUUGGAAAUUAUAAACGUAUCAAGACAAAUGAUAAAAACUCUUUAAAAGACAAUUCAUCUUUAUAUAGUAUUAGCACUCAUAACCUUGAUAAUUCUGGCGUUUUAUCUCCUCAACUCACUCCACAACAAUUAAAGUCAACAAACGGUGGCACUCAAAAUAAUGUUGAUGAUAUGAUGGAACGUUAUGCUAUGCCACAUACUCCAAUGUCUGACGAUGAUAAAAUUACUAGUGAUGAUAAUGAUAGUAGCUUUAGUAGUGAUUUAGAAAUCGAUGAUGAAAGCCAUAAAGAUAAUUCAACACCUGGAACUUUUGAUCGAACUCCUCCACCUGAUAAUGGUCCAGAAGCUUCUAGACAACCUGCUCGUUUCGAUGGUGACAUGUAUACACCACGUUGGGUUCGUGGUGUUGGAAAAUCGAAAGAAGGUCUUUGUCCUCAUUGUGAACCCGCUCGAUGGCUUAAAACGAAAAUUUCUGCUUAUUGGUAUCAUUUGAAUUAUCAACAUGGGAUCUCUUCAAUUACUGGUAGACCAUUUGCUCAACCAAUUGCUGAACGACUUAAUAAGAAAUCAGGUAUGAAAGAGGCUUUGUGUCAUAAAUGCAAUAAAUGGAUCCUGAAUCAAUCGCCAAGAGAUAAGGAUGUUUUGGUUCCUGAAAUCUAUUGGUAUAAACAUGCACAAAAAUGUCAUCACACUUAA